UCUGAGCAGAUCGAAGAAGGGGGCAAAGCGGAUCUGGUGAGCUCCAAACUGCGGGCUGGGGACGAGGUGGUGCACAUCAAUGAGGUCGUGCUGAGCAGCUCCAGAAGGGAGGCCGUUUCCCUGGUGAAAGGAUCCUACAAGACCCUCCGGCUGGUGGUCCGCAGAGAUGUGUGUGCAGCACCGGGUCCUGCAGAUACCGGCACCUCUGACUCCCCGAGCCCGGAGCCCCUCACCGCGGACCCCCAGCACAGGAAGGCGGCAUGGUCAGGAGGAGCUAAGCUUCGGCUGAAGCACAGGCGCAGCGAACCUGCGAGCCGACCACACUCGUGGCAUUCAACAAAAAUCGAGGAGAACCAACCCAAUGCCAGCAUGAUGCAAAUAUCUCAGGGCACGAUUGGCACUCCUUGGCCCCAGAGCUACCAUUCCAGCUCCUCUACAAGUGACCUCUCCAACUACGACCAUGCGUAUCUGAGGCGGAGCCCUGACCACUGCAGCUCCCAGGGGAGCAUGGAGAGCCUGGAGCCCAGCGGGGGAUACCCGGCCUGCCACCUCCUCUCCCCUGCCAAGUCCACCAGCAGCAUCGACCAGCUCGGCCACCUCCACAACAAGAGGGACUCGGCGUACAGCUCCUUCUCCACCAGCUCCAGCAUCCUGGAGUACCCGCCCCCCGGCGUGCCAGGCCGGGAGCGGUCCGGCUCCAUGGACGCUUCUGCUCAGGGUGGCCUCCUGGACGGGCUGAGGCAGGCAGACAUCCGCUAUGUCAAGACCGUCUACGAUCCCCAGAGGAGGGUGUCCGCAGAGUACGAGGUGAACUCGUCAGCCCUGCUCCUCCAGGGGAGGGAGGCCCCGGCCUCCGCGGACGGUCAGGGCUACGACAAAGGGCAUCCUGUUCCUCGGGGCCGGAGGGGGCCGCCCCCCUCCUGGAGCCAGCAGGGCUCCGGCUCCUUGGAGACGACCACGGACAACCUGCCUCCGAAGGCGGGCGCGCCGCUGCCCCCCGCGCGGAGUGACAGCUACGCGGCCUUCCGGCACAGAGAGCGGCCCAGCUCGUGGUCCAGCCUCGACCAGAAGCGGCCCUGCCGGCCUCAGGCAAGCUCUCCGGGCGCCCUGAAGUCCCCCUUUGUGGAGGAGCAGCUGCAUACGGUGCUGGAGAAGAGUCCCGAGAGCAGCCCGCCGGUGAAGCCCAAGCACCGUUAUCCCCAGAAGGCCCAGCCCGGCCAGCCUCUGCUGCCGACCGGCAUCUACCCGGUGCCGUCCCUGGAGCCACACUUUGCCCAGGUGCCUCCGCCCUCCGCGAGCAGUAACGGCACGCUCUACCCCGCCCUGGCCAAGGAGAGCGGCUAUGCGACUCCUCGGGGGCCCUGUGACAAGACGGCUGCCAGCCUCGAUGAGAAUGGAAACCAGAACGGACCCAGCAGACCCGCGUUUGCCUUCUACCAACCCCUAGAGCGUGAAUCUCUGUCCCUCGCAGAGAGAACACCGGAAACUCCAGGCCGAUGUGUCCCCGUCAGAGUCCACUUCCCUCCCGUGCCUGACAACGUGAAGGAGGCCGAGCCCGCGCCCCUGGGCGCACCAAGGCCGGCGCUGCGUCUCACACCGCUCCAGGGCACCGGCCCACAUCCCAGUGAGAGGAAGAGCCCCCAGAGCAACAAACCGGCCCCUACCUACCACCACAUCCCGUCCCCCCAGGCGCAGGCCUGGCCGGCGGGCGAUGGCAGGAGACCCUCCAGGCCCACGGAGCUCUGGGAGGGCGACUUCCAAGAAGACCACAAUGCCAACCUCCCGCAGGGGCUGGAGAGAGAAGGCCCGAGCCAGAGCCCGGCUGGCCACUUUGGCAAGGCCAAGUCAGCCUUCUCCUCUCUCCAGAACAUUCCUGAGAGUCUCAGGAGGCAGAGCAGCCUGGAGGCAGGAGGCCACCCCAAGGCAGAGGGCCCUGGGAGGAAAGUGGUGGUUCCUGAUCACCGGAGCCAUCCGGACAGGCCGGUUUCCUGCCCGAGGCCCGAGGGGAAAGCCGGUGCGUUGACCUCUUUCCCACUUUCGGAGGCGAGGCCCGAGGAACCAGAGCCGCCCUCCCCGCCGGGCCAGCAGCCGUCCAGCCUGGGCCGGAGGAGGCUCAGCUCCAGCAGCACCUCGGCCCUGCCCCCCAGCUUCCAGUACGGGAAGCCGCACUGCUCCGUGCUGGAGAAGGUCUCCAGGAUCGAGCAGCGAGAGCAGGGGCGCCAGAGGCCCCCGAGCGUGGGCAGCUGCUCCGCCAAUGGCUACGCCUACAGGCCCGCCAAGCUGGCCCCCACCUCCAGGACGGACUUCCAGGAGGAGACACACGCCAACACCCACCUUUCCCAAUCCGCGGAACCCCUGGGCAACGGGGAGCAGCACCCCUUCAAGAACGGGGACCCGAAGCUGGAAGAAGUGUCCUGGCAGCCUUACGGUGGUCAGCAAUUGAAGAGGGGCGCCGAGGGCAGCCGGGGCUCCCCGCUGCAAGGCAGCGAGCAUCCCCCGAGGCGGGACACCCACCUGCUCCGCAGCCAGAGCACCUUCCAGCUCUGCAGCGAGGCCGGGGAGGAUGCCCCGUGGCGGGACCCCAGGCCCGGCACCCCGGAGUCGCCGGUGCUGGACGCGCCCUUCAGCCGCGCCUACAGGAACAGCAUCAAGGACGCGCAGACCCGCGUGCUGGGGGCCACCUCCUUCCGGCGCCGCGACCUGGAGCCCGGGACCGGGGCUGCGGGGGCCUCCAGGCCCUGGCGCCCCCGACCAGCCUCAGCCCACGUGGGGCUGCGGAGCCCGGAGGCCCCGGCGGCGGCGUCCGCCUCCCCGCACACCCCGCGGGAGCGGCACAGCGUGACCCCCGCCCGGGGCGGCCGGCCCGCGCCCCCUGUGGUGGCCGCCCGGAGGGGGCCCCGCCGGCGCCUGGACCCCGAGCAGAAGAAGCGCUCCUACUCGGAGCCCGAGAAGAUGAACGAGGUGGGCGUCUCGGAGGAGGAGGAGGAGGAGGCCGGGCCGGCACCCCUGGGCGCCCCGAGGCCGGCGGCGCUGCGCUGCCUCCCGGAGAGCUCAGUGGCCGACCGGCGCCGCCUCUUCGAGCGGGACGGCAGGGCCUGCUCCACGCUCAGCCUGUCGGGGCCCGAGCUGAAGCAGUUCCAGCAGAGCGCCCUGGCCGACUACGUGCAGCGCAAGAUGGGCAAGCGGCCCGGGCCCGGGGGCCUGCAGGAGCCCGGGCUGCAGGAGCGCGCGCCCGGCUCCUACCUGCAGCCCCUGCAGCCCGGCCUCAGCGCGGCCGCCAGCCUCUGUUCCCUGCGGGAGCCGGGCCUGCAGCCCCGCAGGGAGGCCGCCCUCCUGCUGGCGGCGGGCGAACCCCUGCGCGGGGCCCGAGACCGCAGCAGCUCCUUCGCCAGCGGCCGCCUCCUGGGAGAAAGGCGCCGCGGGGACCAAGCCCAGAGGGAGCUGCCCGGUGGAGCAAAAGGCAACCAGAGGGCGGACAGGACCCUCCCGGGGGAGCCCUCCUCGUGGGGGGCCGCGGCCGGGAGGGCUGCAAAGUCCAUGUCGGCUGAGGACCUGCUGGAGCGCUCGGACUUCCUGGCGGUGCCUGUGCACGUGAGGUCACGGUCAUCUCCCACCACCCACAAGAAGCUGCAGGAUAUGCUCUUGGGGGAAGACGGUGGCUCUGGUCUUGUGAAGGCGCCAUAUUACUUGGCUGGCCCUGGACCCAGGUCCCUCGGCUGUCCAGAACGAGGUGAAGAAGAGAUGCUAGCGCUCAGACACCAGCCCAGCCCCCGAUGGGGUGGCUCCGGCUCCAAAGCAGCUGGCGUCUCCAUUCCCAGCGACUGCCCCUGCCAGCCAGACCCUCCGAGGCACGCCGGCAGGAUGCCCGGCCCCAGGCCACUGCCCACGGGGCUGCAAGGCCAUCUCACAGACACCAGGGCAGGACCCCUGACCUCACUCAGCUCCGCCCUGCCUUCCCCUGCCCCCUCCAGCUACUGUCCACCGGCUGCUGGCGAUCAGCCGGCCGGGAGGGACGGUCCGACGGGCCAGCAGCCUCUCCCGCCCUUCACCCCCGUGGGGACGCACAGGAGCAACGGUCUCAGCCCGGCCCAGCCUCCCCGUCCCAGAGGCCAGGAGCCCCACAGCCCGGAGCGCGGGGCAGGAGAGGGGACGAGGAAGCAGCCGCCCUCGCCUCGUGUGAAGUGGGCCCUCACCGUCCGGGAGAACAGCCUCCCCGAGGAGUCCUGCUCGCCCGCGGUAGCAGGCCUGAAGCACGGUCGACAGCAGCAGAGCCUCCCGAGUCCCAGCAGCACCUCCGACCCAGACACGCCUCUCGGGGCCCCGCGCACGCCGGGGAGGAUCUCCCUCCGCAUAUCGGAGUCCGCCCUGCAGGCCUCCCCGCUGCCGCCGCGGGAGGACUACGACGACGAGGUGUUCGUGAAGGACUUGCACCCCGCGUUCGAAGCUCUGCCCCUGCCCCCGCCCCCUCCACCGCCUCCACCGAGCCAGGAGGUCCCGGUGAACAGCUGGGACGACUUUCCUCCCCCGCCGCCCCCGGCUCUGUGCGAGGCGCCGGACGGCGAGGAUGGCACGGAGCUCCCCGCAAGUAGCUCCAGCAAAUCUGCCAACAGGACAGUUGCCAAGGAAAGGCCCGUGCCUGGGGCAGCCCCGCCGGUUGGCCAUCAGAUACCAGCAUCCAGACCCCAAGCUUCCGUCCGAGGUUCCGACACCCAUGGGCCCAGCCCACCCCCCACCUCGGGCUCCCGGCCCCAGCACGCUGGGCCCCUCGGCUGGCCGCCAGCCCCGGGAAAGCAGCCUCCCGCCCCGACCCAAGGCCUCGCCCACGACCCGCUCAGCGGGACUCGGGCUUCAGAAGACAGUGCCGGUCCCGGCCCUCAGAAGACGUCAGAAGACAUCAGAACGGAGGUGCUGGCCAAGGAAAUCGUCCACCAAGACAAGUCUCUGGCAGACAUUUUGGACCCCGACUCCAGGCUGAAGACCACCAUGGACCUGAUGGAGGGCUUGUUUCCUCGCGAUGGGAACUUGCUGCAGGAAAACGGUGUCAAGAGGAAGGCUGUGCAGAGAGCCGUCAGCUGCUCAGGGCACGAAGGCAAGAGGAGCGAAGACAAGGAAGCAGUGGGCAUGCUGGUCAACUGCCCUGCCUACUACAGCGUGUCGGCUCCCAAGGCCGAGCUUCUGAACAAAAUCAAGCACAUGCCCGAAGAGAUGAGUGAGGAGGAGGAGCAGGUGGAUGUCAAUGAAAAGAAGGCCGAGCUCAUUGGAAGCCUCACCCACAAGCUGGAGACCCUGCAGGAAGCCAAGCGGAGCCUGCUGAUGGACAUCAAGCUCAACAACGCCCUGGGAGAGGAGGUGGAGGCCUUGAUCAGCCAGCUCUGCAAGCCCAACGAGUUUGACAAGUACAAGAUGUUCAUCGGGGACCUGGACAAGGUGGUCAGCCUGCUGCUCUCCCUCUCGGGGCGCCUGGCCCGCGUGGAGAACGUGCUCAGCGGCCUUGGUGACGACGCCAGUAAAGAAGAGAGGAGCUCUCUCAACGAGAAGAGGAAGGUCCUGGCGGGGCAGCACGAGGAUGCCCGGGAGCUCAAGGAGAACCUGGACCGCAGGGAGCGGGUGGUGCUGGACAUCCUGGCCAACUACCUCUCCGAGGAGCAGCUCCAGGACUACCAGCAUUUUGUGAAAAUGAAGUCCACACUCCUCAUCGAGCAGCGGAAGCUGGACGACAAGAUCAAGCUGGGCCAGGAGCAGGUCAGGUGCCUGCUGGAGAGCCUCCCCUCGGACUUCGUCCCCCAGGCGGGCGCCCUGGCGCUGCCCCCGGACCUCACACGUGAAGUGACUCCUCCCGGGGGAUGUGCUCCCGGUGGUGGUCUCCCACCGGUGACCUCUCCCCUCUAACCUCUUCUACCACACCCACCCGGAAGAUCACCCUCUCUUUCAACACUAUUUAAUCUGAAAAAAUGUCUCCGUACAAACCACUGUUUAAAUUCUAUGGGUUUUGGGGGCGGUAUUUUCUGGAUAAAAAGGAAAAGAUUCUAUCCAGGAAAAAAGCCUGUAUUUUCCUUCUCACCCUUCAUGAUUGACCUGAGAGCUUGAAUGCCGCUGGGAACUUAGCCCUUUUGUUAUUACUUUGUAAUAGAAGGAAAAUUAAUGACACUGUGAGAACUGAUCGGAGGGUGUUUGGCUGAUUUCGUUUCCCACAGGCUUAGGCAAACGGGGACCGGUGUGUUUCGCCCUCAGGAACGUGCCCACCGUGGCCUGCCUCAGUGUGGGCCGUGCCUCCUGACGACAGGUACAAGGACUCCUUAGUGAAGGGUCUGCAGCAUAAAGCCUUAAAGAAACACACACACACACACAGCAGAAAUUUGUAAAGCCUUGGACGUUGUUAUUUAUAUAUUUUUAAGAAAUGAAAAGGAUCAUUAUGUUUGUGUGCUAACCACUCAUUCGAUUCUGUUUUGUGGUGGACGUAGACAAUGACGUUGUUGGAGCGUUGUAUUUUGUGGAAACCUUAAUGAAAUGAGGAAUUCCAAAGACAGUCCUGUGGAGUGUGGAGACUUGUUUUUUCUUAAA